CGUUAUUUAUAUUGCCCGAGCGGAAUCACGUCUCCCUCAUCUGCUCCUAUGUGCCUGCCAUGCCUCUGUGUCUUGUGUAGAGAAGAAACAGGAGAGCAAGACGGUUUCAGCAGCCACAUUGAGACGCCAUGGCGACUCCUGGUGCUGCAGUAUCUGCCGUCAUGGCAGAGCACCUCAAUACAUAUCAACAGUAUACCGAUCUUGAGGAGAUUCUCCGAUGCCUGCUGAUAAAAAAAGUAAUCCAGUUAGAUGAAUACCAUGAACAGAUGGAUGAGACCAGGGAAAAGAGAAAGAAGCAGGCGUUGUUCCUUCUCAGAAAGAUCCCCACUGCAGGGGAUGGCGCCUUUUUAGCAUUUCUGGAGUGCCUUAAGGAGAAGCACCGAAACUUGGCAGAGACAUUACUAACGUCCCUGGGUCAGAAAAAUGAAGCUUACGCAAGAGAAGUUCGCGCCCAAUGGCAGGGAGGUUCGUCGACGGCAACUCAGGGAGGCUCGUCGACGGUAUCUCAGGCAACAAGAGGCCAGCCCGGUGGUUCUUCUCUAACAUGGGACAGGAUCAGAGCGAACCGGCGGAGGCUACGGGAUCAUUUUAACCUGGACUUCAGAGAGUUGCUUCGCAGUUUGAGUGACAGGAGCGUAUUCCUUCCCAUCGAGGAGCAACAGAUUCGUGGGAUAACAACCCCCAUACUUCAGUUUGAUGAGUUCUUCGACCUUCUCCUGCGCAAGAAUCCACAACAAUACGUCCCCAUUUUCCUUGAGGCACUCGUUGAAAUUGGCAGGGAGGAUAUCAGGGAUGCCUUGCAAGGUAUUUUGAUUACCUACUGA